AUGAUUCACUAAGAAUUGAGAAAGCAAUUUGUCUUAUAGUAAGUUUCCAACUUAGAGUCACAAUUAACAAAAUGGGUUUAACAUCAUUGUCCUAAUGACGAUAUACUACAAUCUCAUUCAGACGAAGCUCAUUCUUAAAGUUAAACCCACACCAAUGUACUUCAUUUUUAAGGUCUUCUCAUGUACCUUAAAUCAUUAAGUGAAAAUCCUUCUCAAUUAGAAUUUCAUACGAUGAAAUCAUUACAACAGUAUUUUGAUUAUAUGUCCCAAAUCUUGUAAAAUGAACUUAAACUCACCUAUCAAAGACAAACCAUGAAAACAAAUGACAAAAAUAUUGAGAAAAAAAGUCAAAAGUUUUCUAAGAAGUCCAACAUAAUUUUAAAAAACUGGCUGAAUAAACACUAUUCCUACCCCUACCCCAGUAAAGAAUAGGUGGAGUAACUAGCUGAAAAGUGUAAUCUAACAUAAAAACAAAUUUAAAUUUGGUUUAUAAAUGCAAGAGGAAGAAUAGGAAAUAAGAUGUAUGAGGAGAGGAAAUUUAAAAAUAUUGUCAAAUCCAAAUAUUUAUCAUUAAACUCUAGCAAAACGUAAAAAGAGAAACUAGAGCAUAAUCAAAAUGAUCAAUGA